AUGCGAGGACAUUCAAGUAGUCUUACAGUAUACGCACCUUUAAUCCUACCAGUCAACCACAACAACAACACCCUCCACCACACCACAAACUCCUCCUCAACCGCUUGCCCCACACCCGCAACCAUGAAGAUCCUCUACAUCGGCAUCCUCAAAAACGAAUCCAAACCCGCCAUCGAACUCUCCGCCGAACGCGACCUCACCUCCUUCUCGCGCUUCACCCGCAGCAACGUCGGCGAAUUCCUCACCGUCUUCGCCAAAACCGUCGCCGAGCGCACAACCCCCGGCCAACGUCAAGACGUCGAGGAGCAAUCCUACACCUUCCACGCCUACUCGCGCUCCGAAGGCCUCUGCGGCAUAAUAAUAACAGACCAUGAGUACCCCAAGAUGGUCGCGCAUCAGUUGCUCUCAAAGGUGCUGGACGAGUUUAUAAGUCGGUAUCCGAAGAGCACGUGGGAGAAUAGUAGUGGGGAGGUGCCGUUUCCGGCGUUGAAGGAGUAUAUUGUCAAGUAUCAGGAUCCGGGGCAGGCGGAUGGGAUUAUGAAGAUCCAGAAGGAACUUGAUGAGACGAAGAUUGUGCUGCACAAGACUAUUGAGUCGGUCCUCGAGCGUGGAGAGAAGAUUGAUAGUCUGGUCGCGAAGUCGGAUGGUCUUAGCGCACAAUCGAAGAUGUUCUACACGCAGGCCAAGAAGCAGAACAGCUGCUGCACGAUCAUGUAA